ACAGGUCCUCUGAGUCGUCCACGUGCUCCAAAGAGUCUAUCCGCUAGACGGCAGAAGAGCUCAGUCCAUAUCUGACUCCUGAGUCCAGAUUACCAAAUUGACCAUGAGUUCCUCGUGAUUGUGGUGUCUCGCGGUGACGACUGCGUCUCCUGCCGCCGUGAUCGAUGCUUUGUCUCUCUCUGGUCUUCCUCUUCUGUCUCCCCUGCCUGUCGUCGGUUCGCAGAUUCCCUUUGGUCGCGACUAAAUUGCAAAUACUGUUGGAAGGAAUUGUGGGUUUUUGUGAUUUUGGGUUUGACUUGUGGUCUUUUUGGAGCGAAUUUCAUCGUUUGGGGGUAGGUUGGAUCGAGCCCUGUUGUUGGGGGUAUUGAUCGUUGGGUUAGAGUGCUGCUAGAUGGCUUCUGCUUCAUUCCUGUCCGAGGAUCAGACGGACGAAGACUUUUUUGAUAAAUUGGUAGAUGAUGAGUUUGAUGGCAGUGGAUCUGGCCCCAGUUUUGUAAACGGUGACAACACAGGGGAGGUGGUGGAUGCGUUUUCAAACCUAAGUGUCAGUGAAGUAGGUCCUGCUGUAGAAGAUUCUGGUGGCAGCAGCGAUACUGAUUUCGAGGUUGAUGGUGAAAAGAGUUUAAGAGAUGGGGUUGUGCCAGCACAUUCAGCUGCUCACGAGGAUGUUGGAGUUGCAAAAGAAAACAUUUCGUUGAUGCCCAAUAGUAUUACUGAGUCUAGUGUUGCUGCACCGGAGACCCAAUACGUGUUGGAUAGUGCAAGUAGUAAGAAUGCUGUAUCAAGGGAUGCAAGUGUGAAGGAAAUCCAGUGGAGCUCAUUUGACUCGGAAUCACAUCUGCACAAUGGAUUUGGGUCAUGUUCAGAUUUUUUUAAUGAAUUGGGUAAUAGUUCUGGAGAACCAUUUGCAAAGGCAGCAGAAACUGCUGCAGCUGAAUCCAGUAAUAUGGCUGGUGUUUUGGAUAAUUCAACUGGCCAUUUGGGUUCUUCCAGUUCAGUCCCUGCUGCACAUGAAUCCUGUAAUAUGGCUGGUGCUUUGGAUAAUUCAGCUGGUGAUUUAGGUUCAGAUAGUUCACUACUGCAUCAAGAGGGCCAAAACAGUGUUGUGGGUACUGAACAUACUGUAGAUGGGCAGGAUUUGAGUAGCAGUCAAUAUUGGGAAAGCCUCUAUCCUGGGUGGAGGUUUGACCCUAAUAUCGGAGAAUGGCAUCAGGUGGAUGGUUCAGGUACAAUCUCAAAUGUGAAUUCAAAUGUGAGUUAUCAGGAUAAUUUUGAUGCUAACGCUCCCUCAGCUGGUGAUGGGGUUGAUUUUGACCAGAGAUCAGAUGCCUAUCAUUUCCUGCAGACAGCACAGGUUGGUGUGGGAAGUGUAGCCAAUGACUGCACAGCUAGUAAUGUCUCUAACAUUAAUCAAGUUUCGCAAGGGAAUGCAGAAUACCCAGCACACAUGGUGUUUGAUCCACAGUACCCUGGUUGGUACUAUGACACAAUUGCUCAAGAAUGGCGGUUGUUGGAGUCUUACACUUCAGAUGUAAAUCUCCCUGCAAAUGUUGAUCAAAUCCAGCAAAUUCAAAUUAGGAAUGAUUCAACGGGUGAUUUUUCCCCCCAAAAUCAUAAUUCUUGUGGUAAUCAUGAGCAACUUGAAGACUAUGGGUCACAAGGCCUGAACAGUAAAGACCGAGUCAUGAAUGGGGCUGGUUCUGUUAGUAAUUAUGAUCAACAACGAAUGAAUGUGUGGCAGCCUGAGUCAGUUUCUAAGAGUGAGGGUGUAGCUUCUACUCAAAGCUGCCAGUUAGGGAACUUUUAUGAUUCAACUGGUCAUGUGAACAAUUCUGCUGAUCAGCUAAUGGGUUUCAACUCCUCUGGAGUUUCCGCUCAGGAACAUAUAAAUCAAAGUUUUAGUGGCACAAAUGGUGUUUCUGGGUUUCCAAGCUUUAUUCCCAUUGAAAAUUUCUCCCAGCAUAAUAAUCAACUGAAAAUGGGACUAGGCCAGCAGAUACAUUCCUCAUCCACUUAUUUUGAUACUCAGAAUUCAUCAAAUUUUUCACAGCAGCCUCUUCAGAGUGGCAUUCAUUUCUCAUCUGCUGUUGAUGUGGGAAGAUCAUCUGCAGGGCGUCCUCCACAUGCACUGGUAGCGUUUGGAUUUGGUGGAAAACUCAUUGUCAUGAAAAACAGCAGUUCUUUUCAAGCAAACUCAGCAUAUGAAAACCAGGAAUCGGUGGUUAAUGUUCUCAACUUGAUGGAAAUUGCUAUGGACAAGACUGUUGCUUCAAACAUCGGAGUGGGUGCAUGUGAUUAUUUGAAUUUGCUAUGCCAGCAAACUUUCCCUGGUCCAUUGGUUGGUGGGACCAGUGGAGGUAGAGAAUUGAAUAAAUGGAUGGAUGACAAGAUUGCAAACUGUGAAUCUUCGGACAGGUUGCUGUUUUGUUUACUGAAAAUAGCAUGUCAACAUUAUGGAAAACUUCGAUCUCCCUUUGGCACUGAUCAAGCACUGAAGGAAAGCAAUUGUCCAGAAUCCGCUCUAGCUAAGCUUUUUGCAUCUGCGAAAAGAAAUGUGCAAUUGGGUGAGUAUGGCACUAUUACUCGCUGCUUGCGGAACUUGCCUUCUGAAGGACAGAUUCAGGCUACUGCUCUUGAGGUACAGAAGUUUCUUGUUUCUGGCAAAAUGGUAGAAGCUUUGCAUUGUGCACAGGAAGGUCAGUUAUGGGGACCAGCACUUGUUCUUGCCAGUCGACUUGGUGAUCAGUUUUAUAGCGACACCUUGAAGCAAAUGGCACUACAUCAGUUAGUAGCAGGAUCACCAUUGCGGACAUUGUGCCUGCUAAUUGCAGGGCAGCCUGCACAAGUGUUUUCUGAUACUACAACUAGUUACACUGUACCUGGUGCUGCAAAUGUAUUUCAGCGGCCUAUUCAGCAGGUUGGAGCUAACUGUAUGCUAGAAGAAUGGGAAGAGAAUCUAGCAGUAAUUACCGCAAACAGAACAAGCGAUGAUGAGCUUGUUAUUAUUCAUCUUGGAGAUUGCCUGUGGAAAGAAAGUGGUGAUGUCUCUGCUGCCCACAUCUGUUACUUAGUUGCAGAAGCAAACUUUGAGUCAUAUUCAGACAGUGCAAGGCUGUGUCUUAUUGGUGCAGAUCAUUGGAAAUGUCCCCGAACAUAUGCUAGCCCUGAGGCUAUUCAGCGGACUGAAUUAUACGAAUACUCAAAGGUUAUUGGGAAUUCGCAGUUUAUCCUUCUACCCUUUCAGCCAUACAAGCUUAUAUAUGCACACAUGUUGGCUGAAGUGGGAAAAGUUUCAGAUUCUUUGAAGUACUGUCAAGCGAUUUUGAAGUCACCUAAGACCGGUCGAGCACAAGAAGUUGAGACAUGGAAAACUCUAGCAUCAUCUCUUGAGGAGCGUAUAAGGUUCCAUCUUCAGGGCGGUUAUUCUGCUAAUUUGGCUCCAACCAAGCUGGUGGGUAAAUUGCUCACGCUUUUUGAUGCUACUGCUCAUCGUGUGGUUGGAGGCCUACCACCAACUGUACCUUCAACAUCACAUGGCAAUGAACAUAUUCACCAACCAGCAACAUCACACAGCAACAUGCAGCAUAAUGAACAUAUUCACCAAAUAGAAACAUCACAUAGCAACAUACAGCAUAUUGAACAUAUGUACCAACCAGGAAGCACAAUAGUGUAUAACAGUCACUCAACAAUGGCCAUGUCUUCAUUAAUUCCUUCAGUAUCGAUGGAACCCAUAAGUGAGUGGACAGGCGAAACAAAUCAGCUGACGGUGCCUAAUAGAAGCGUUUCAGAACCUGACUUUGGUAAAAGCCCUGCAAAGAUUGAUGCAUCCAAGGAAGCAAACACACCUGAUACCCGUGAUAAAGGGGCAGUGUCGACUGGUCUAUCGCGUUUUGGUCAUUUUGGCUCACAACUGUUCCAAAAGACUGUGGGGUUGGUUGUAAGAUCCCGACCAGAUCGGCAGGCUAAAUUGGGUGAGAAGAAUAAAUUCUAUUAUGAUGAAAAGCUUAAGCGGUGGGUUGAGGAAGGUGCUGAACCUCCUGUAGAGGAAUCAGCCUUAGCACCACCGCCAACUGCUGCUGCUUUGCAGAAUGGAAUGCCAAAUCAUUAUAUCAAAGAUGCGCCCGAAAAUGAGAGCUUACAACCCAGUGGUGGGCCACAAUUGAAAAGCUCAAUCUCUUCUGACAGGAUCUCAGGGAUCCCUCCCGUUGCUCCUGGCUCAAACCAAUUUUCUGCUCGUGGAAGGAUAGGCGUUCGCUCAAGGUAUGUCGACACGUUCAACAAGGGUGGCGGAACCCCUACAACCUUGUUCCCGUCACCAUCCAUUCCAGCUGCAAAAUCUGGGGGUGGUAUCAAUGCGAAGUUUUUCAUCCCCACUCCAGCAGCCUCUGGCGAAGAAGCAGUACAAGCAACUGGAGAAAACACUCAGAAAGCUGUUUUGACCAGUGAGAAUUCCCCUACAUCUGCCGGAUUUGACUCACUUUCAUCAACUUCAACAUUUACAGUUUCCUCGGCGGCAACAUUUACUCCAUUGACAAUGCAGCGAUUUCCUAGCAUGGAUAACAUUGCACACAAGAGAACAGGAGUGAUGGGAAACAGUAGUAGCUCCCAUCCCCCCAAUUCCCGACGAGCAGCAUCAUGGAGUGGAGGUCUUAGCAAUGCAUCCAAUCCCUCAAAUAUGGCUAAAAUACAACCUUUGGGAGAGCCAUUAGGUGUGGGGCGGCUGUCAUUUGUGCCAAGCGAUCCUUCAACACAGUUCCCAAUGAACAGUAGCAAUUUUGGUGAUGAGCUGCAUGAAGUUGAGUUAUGAGGCAUCAGGAGUAAGUUGUAUAUCUCCAAUUUUACUUCUCCUGAUGAUCAUUGUCUCAAUUGGUUAUUUUUAUAAACUCUACAAAAAGAACUGAUAUUGACCGAUGAUGCUGGCUGCCGGUUGGAUAAAGAUUUUGGCAAAAUACCUUGACAGGCUUCAGAGAUUUAUACACCCUGUGACCAGAAUUUGGUCUGGAUGCCCAUGGUGCAGCCAGAUCUCCUUUGCGAUGAGGGAGCAGGUUUUGGAAUUGUACAUAUUAAUUUGUUGAUUUAUUAGAUACAGGUCGCCUUGAAGAAGAGAGAAGCAGACGUAAGUAGAGCAUCCCUUCCAUGAGUACUCAAGGUGAAAGUUGCGAUUUGAAAGUGAAAGAAUAAUGUGUUCAUCUUUGAUUAGUUACAGAUAAAUCAAGAUAGUUGUUUAAAUACAGAGGAAUUUUGGAAUGAGAGGCUGAAGAUCUGCUUCAAAA